AUGGACGUGUUGCCUGUUCAUCCUGGACCUAUCUCGGAUGAGAUAUUAGUGUUACUGGGCGAUCGCAGGGAGAGAGGUUUCCAUUCCCGCGUAGUCCAGCACCUGCGUGAUACAGGCUACUAUAGGAUUUUUGAGAUUGGGCGGAUGUGGCUCAAUUGGUCUCUGAUCACGACAGUGAUAGAGCGGUGGCGACCGGAAACACACACUUUCCACCUGCCUAUUGGCGAGGCCACCAUCACACUUCAGGAUGUUCAGGUUUUAUGUGGGCUGCCUGCUGAUGGAUUGGCUGUUGCACUGCCUCAGUAUAUGAGAUCUAUGAUGCAUGCCCAAUAUUUGGACUUGUUGCAGCAGUUCACUGGUUUCAGGCCACGAGGUGAGGCUGCAGCUUCAGGGGGUAGUCUUAUUUCUGUGACAGCUAUUAGACAGCAUUCAGAGGUAUUGCACCCCGAUAUCACCGGCGAGAUAGAAGAUCAACAUAUUUACUGGUACACGAGGUUGGCGCUGCUCCUUCUUUUUGGGAGUGUCUUGUUCCCAAACACUUCGGAAAAUCUAGUGAGUAUGCGAUUUCUACAUCAUCUUCAGCAGCUAGAUGAGUUACCCCAGUACAGCUGGGAUGCUAUUGUUCUUGCUUACCUGUAG